UGUAACGGUUCUCUGCCACGUUGUGGUCAACCAUUUCCUUAACAGCUCCAGAAAUGAAUGAGAAAUUGGAAAUGAAACUGAGGUACAGUGAACAGCAGGCCAAUGAUAGCCAUGCAUCCAAUAUGGUAGGGCAGAUCGCAAACAUGGAGGGCCUGCCACUCUCCGUCGCACGUCGCCGAAGCGAGUUGAUUCGAGUCUUACAUGCUAGACCUACCUCUCUUGAGUCUUGGCUCCCAUCACAUUCUUUUUCUUUGUUCAACUGCGCUCAUCGAUUUCCGGCUUCCGAUCAAUUCAACUGUGAGAUAAAAUCGUUAUCAUAGGAGAUGCGACGAUGAAUACUGCGCUUUGUUGAAUCUUCUGUCACUCUUCCUUGUGCCGCUCUCAUCAUGAAGCUUCUCAGUUGUCUCGUCUUUGUCCCUCUUAUCGUUGCGCACAACCCACGACAGUAUGAGGCACUCCAAGCGGCUCCUGGCGAUCUGAUGCCGCGAUUCUUUAUCGAUCGCUCAUUUCCUUUGGCAAAACGCGCAGGGGAUUGUGGUUCGGAUCAUCACAACUGUCUAGAGAUUGGAUUUGCAGAUGACUGUUGCGACAACGACUCUUACUGCUACGUCAACCGAAAAGGCGACCCGAAAUGCUGUCCUAUAGGCUCCAACUGCUCCAGCGAUUCGCCGUGUAGCUCGGAUGCUUAUUUCUGUACCCGCACCGUCACAAGGAGUGGAACUGCCACUGCGCAAGAGGGCUGCUGCGAUCGCAAGUGUCCAAGAACGAGUCUUUACCUUUGCCCAAGUAGUCUUGGUGGGAACUGCUGCGGCUACAACUCUGAGUGUCGGGCGGGUGGCGAUUGCGCCUCUACGAGACCAGCUUCGAGAACGGACCUCCUGUCGCCCAUUCCCUCAGGCUGUACAACCUCUCAGCAUAAAUGUUCCGACGGUGCAGGCUGUUGCGACAACGACCAAGAGUGCACCCAGGUCAGUGGCGAGGGAUAUUGCGCUCAAGCUAUACCAACAGAAAGUGGUGUCACGAUUGUCGACGACAACGACGGCGGCGGCGGCGGCCUGUCAGAUGGUGCAAAGGCAGGGAUUGGCGUUGGUGUCGUUGUGGGAGCCAGUAUCAUUGUUGGUGGGCUAACUUGGAUGUGUCUACGCAAGCGACGCCAGCGCACUGCAUCAAGGCCAUCAGCAUCUGGCGAAGGAGACGGCAGUGCGCCCCCUCGAGAUGCCAUGACAGAUAUAUCCGGGAGCCAUGCCCGGUCAGGCUUGACUCGGGACUACUUUGGACCAGACCCAGCAGCAGGACCAUAUACUGAGCAAGCAAGCUCACGGGUCACCUCACCUGGAAGAACUGCUGCUGUGCCGAUGCAUGCACAAUCCCCUGGAGACAUCGCCGCGCCCGUGGAGAUCGACUCUGCGAAUAGAGACGGCAGCGAUCUUCUAUCACCCAUGUCAAGCCCGAGCAUAUACCAGACACCCCUUUCUGAAACAAUAGACGGUCGGUUCGAACUGUACGGUGACGACUCAGCCAUGACACCAGACCGUCCCUUGUCAAUCGUUCCCACCCCUCCACAGAGUGUAGCCGGGGAUGUCGCAACGAAGCAAAAGCAAUAAUUCAAAGGAGAAAUGCGUUGCGUUCUAUUCGUUUCUGUUACUUAUAAACGCCUAGCCAGACCAUUCGUGUAAAGGGAUGAUCCAAAUAUUCAGUAGUCCCGGUGCGACAAGCAAACGAUUAUGUGCACCGAAGUUAUCCCUCAGAACUCCGCGCCAAAACAUAAAGUAAAGUAUAAGGGCACCACCUAAUAGUCAUUACAACGCCGUUGAAUGAGAUGUAACUGGAAAUACGAAAACAGUCUAAACCACAACUUCAGUCUUUGCACCGGCAUUUAGCAGACAACACCGCCGAAAGGUGCGCAGUUUUGGAGGUCUUUGACAAGAUCCUCUACGCUGCUCAGAUGCUGGCUAAGCAGCUCCUGCUUCUCCUCCGUGGUGAGAUAGAUGUCACCUUCAGGAUCAGAGCCGGAACGCUUGCGACGUGGGUCGGCAUUGAAGGCACCUGCGAGUUUGCUAGGACUUCGCUGAAGCAUAGCGGGAACACUAUCGCGCUGAUCGGCUCGGGGAAUCGAAGGAAUCUCAGGCAUGAGGUAGAAGUAGAGGAACUCAACGAGCUUCAGCUUGACCUCACGGGCGGUGGAUCGCGACUUGAAGAGAGAGGUAACAGUGAGAAGGCCGUCAAGGCUCUCAAAGGUACGGGUGUUGAUUGGGGUCUCGAUUAGAGCAGUGACGAGUGUGAGGAGAGUCGCAGAUUGGAUCGCAGGGCAGUUAAAGGGCUCGAGAAGAUCAAGGAGGAGCUGCAAGGUGUUAGUUUUGUGGUAUUUAUGGACUUAGCCAUUGUAUACAUACGUUCAUAUUCUGUUCUCGGGCAAAGAGAGACUUGCUGGGAGGGUGUAACAACAAGACUCCUUGUAUGAGGUCGAGGGCACUCAGAAUUAACAGGUCGUUUCCGCCAUCACCUCCCUUGGCCAUAAGUCGAUCGAGAGUGCUGAUAAGGCGCAUCGCAACGUUCCAUUCGAAUCCCUCCUGCAAUUUGAAAAACUCUCGAAAUGCCGGGUCGCGGGAAAGUUGGGAAAGAUCCUUUUGAGAGGGUGUUGAUCCUUCACUCCCAUCGUCAUCGGUAUCCCGGUUUCGAUGUGCACGGUCGUUUCGAGAGUUUGCUUUAGAGAGACAGAUCUGAGCUAGAAGGCCUUCGACCUGGCGAAGGCCCUUACGGACUUUUGGUCCGUCAUACGAGGAAAGGUUGUCGAAGGCGAGAGACAGAAGAGACUCCAUCGUGUAUCUGUGCGUGGGGGAACAAUAAUGAACGUUAUGCCGGAGACGGUAAAGAUGGAAACGCUGAAGAGUAUCGACUUGAUGCGAUUGCGGCUGGUGCUUUUUAAAAAGAGUGUUUAAGAAAACAUUUGAUGAAGGUGACAGGAAGAAUAGAAGAAUGGAAA